AUCACUGAGAGUGACCCACAGAUACCGAGGGGUUUGAUGGCAGUCGUGGGGCUGUCGAGGGCUGAGGCGCUCAAUGUCUGUCCGAAAGGAGUAUUCGUUGUCUGUAAUAACGCUAAGGAGUCUGUAGUCAUAUCAGGUCCGAUAAAUGAAAUGAAGGAAACAAUUGAUUUUUUGAAUAAAAAGGGAGUUUUUGUGCGACAGUUAGAGAGCAGUGAUAUUCCAUACCAUAGCCAAUACCUGCGCUCAUCGGCACAGCCUAUGGUCGACGCCAUCAAGAAAUACAUCCAAAACCCAAAGCUCAGGUCAAAGAAAUGGUUCUCCACUUCUGUAAUGGUGUCGGAGCCCGAAGACGUGCUCUUGCGAUACGCGUCGGCCGAGUAUUUCGUGCACAACCUAAUGCACCCUGUUCAAUUUUACGACCGACUUAAACACAUACCCACCGGUGCUGUCGUACUGGAGCUGAGCCCGCACUCAGUCUUUAGCAAAAUAAUGGCCGAAUCGGUGGACAAUUGUCAAUAUAUUUCGUUGUUAUCCAAAGACUCGAACCAUAAAAAUGUGGAUCAGUUUCUGUCGGGAAUCUCCAAACUCUACGAAUUGGGUUUCAACCCAUCGGUGGAGCGCCUGUACCCACCCAUACAAUGGCCGGUCCCUCGAAGCACACCAUCGAUCAGUUCGCUCUUGAAGUGGGAUCACAGCCGAGACCUAUCGCUUUAUACAGCAAAAUAUCCCGAAAAUAUGUUGCGAUAUGUUUGCGGAGAUAUGAAUGUUGUGGUGAACAUCGGGGCCAAGAAAGACGACUACCUGUGCGAUCACGUGGUCGACGGCAAUAACCUGUUUCCAGCGACCGGUUAUCUGAUGCUCGCGUGGCGUCAAAUGGCCGCCUCUUAUGGCCAGACAUGGGAUAAAGUUCCGGCGGUUUUCGAAAAAUGCCAGUUCUUGAGGGCAACGCUUCUUUCGGCGGACGCCCCGACACGACUGACCGUAAAAUACUUUCAACACUCGGGUGAAUUUAUAAUUAAUGAAUGCAAUAUACUUUGCGCCGUCGGUACUGUCCGUCGGGGCGCCGACGAUAUGAUGACCGAACAGCACCUCAUCAGUGAUGGACAGCCAGUGGUGUCGGAGUGUGAGUACCGGUUGGACAGGGAGUCCGUUAGGAAAGAGAUGCAUAUCCGGGGCUAUGAGUACUCCAAAGGGUUUCAAAGUUUGCUUAACAUCCGGACCGCAGACUUCAGUCGCGCGAACGCAGACAUCGAGUGGACGGGAAAUAUGUUAAAGUCCAUUAGGAAAGAGAUGCAUAUCCGGGGCUAUGAGUACUCUAAAGGGUUUCAAAGUUUGCUUAACAUCCGGACCGCAGACUUUAGUCACGCGAACGCAGACAUCGAGUGGACGGGAAAUAUGGUUACAUUUCUGGACGGUUUGCUACAACUGGCCGUCAAUACAGUUAAUCCCUUCCGGAAACUCGUGGUUCCGGUGAUGAUCGACGCCAUACGUGUCGACCCGAACACACUCUUCGAGGCGGCGAAAAGGAAUCGAUUGGCCGCUGAAGUGGUGGACGACAAUGAAGUCGACGGCACUAAUACGUCGGUUGCGGACACAUGUUUCACCGAUUAUGAACCAAACAGUGCGUCCGAACGGAUCGCUCACUUCGGCUCCCGAUUGCCGGUAGUGUUUGACUCGAGUGUGAAUUGUGUGCUCACAUACGGCGCUGAAGUGUAUAAUAUGGUCACCGCUCCCAUCAAUAGGAAAUCAGAUCCCAAUAUGGUUUUAGAAAGACAUGAGUUCAUCGCCAACGACGACAAUAUGGCCAUCGAUGACAGCCAUAGGAAACUACUUAUUGAUAAUAUUGAAGUUUACUUGAUGCAAGACUUGUCGGACGCCAUCGAAAGCAAUGGAUUUCUAUUAACAGUAUUUCGAUAUAAAGUGACGGAACCGGAGAUCGCAUUGAAUUCAUUGUUUGGGAAUUCAGUCACGGAUUCAGAUCUCGAGAAACGGAUCAAUGAUUUCAUAAUUUAUGGCAAUGAAAUGGGAUUAAGAGUGAUAUGCAGUAAAUGCGAUACAAUUGGUUCAAAGGCUGUGCUCUUCAGGAAAGUCUCGGAACCGAUACUUCCGGACAAACAAACUGUUAUCCAAUUUAACGGCAAAUGCGAGCAAUGGAAAGUCUCGGAACCGAUACUUCCGGACAAACAAACUGUUAUCCAAUUUAACGGCAAAUGCGAGCAAUGGUUCCUAAUAUUGAAGGACAGACUACUGAUGGCCAGUGAAUUGGGUGCCGACAGUCCCCGGGUUUGGCUCAUUGCCAACGACUCGUGUAUUAACGGAGUAAUGGGUUUAGCAAAGAGUCUACGACUGGAACCGGGAGGCGAACACUUCAGAUAUAUUUUCAUUUACGACAAAAAUAAUACAAAUACAGACAUAGACUUCAAUACAAAGCCAUUCAGCGAUAUAUUGGCCAACGAUUUAGUGUCAAAUGUGAUCAGAGAUGGAAGACUCGGUUCCUAUCGAUACCAGAGUUUUGGCAAAAAUUUUGAUAAAAUCCAAUCAAAUGAGUAUUACUUGGGUUUAGGAAAGAGUCGGGACUUGUCGUCACUCGAGUGGACGGACGCCACCUCUGCUCCCAUUACUGACACCUAUUAUGACGUGAAGAACAAAUUGAGACAAUCGGUCAAAAUCGAGAUCUACUGCUCGGCCAUAAUCUUUCGGGACGUACUCAUAGCCACCGGUAAAAUACCGGCGCUUUCAGACCUGUUUGUGCAACAAAUUGGUCACGAGUUUGCCGGCCGUCGGGCCGAUACCGGGGAACGGAUUAUAGGUAUUAAUUACGGCAAGUGUGUGGCCACCAGUACUCGUGUAAAUCCGUAUUUGUUCACAACAAUACCCGACAACUGGUCUAUGGAAGACGCGGUCACUAUUUUAAGCCCGUAUUUUACAGUAUGGUAUGGACUGAUAGAGAGGGCACACAUCAGACAAGGUGAGAGUGUAUUAAUCCAUUCGGCGGCGGGAGGUGUGGGUCAGGCGGCCAUUAAUGUGUGCCAACACUUGGGGUGCGAUAUAUACGCGACGGUCGGCACCGAAGAGAAGAAACAGUUUCUCAUAAAUACAUACAAAAUACCGGAGAAUAAGAUAUUCUCGUCGAGAAGUACGCAAUUCAAAAGUCAAGUCAUGCGAUCGACUGCCGGAAUGGGAGUAGAUUUGGUGCUCAACUCUUUGGCCGGCGAUAAGUUGGACGCGAGCUAUGAGUGUGUGGGCACAGGCGGACGGUUUGUGGAGUUGGGAAAAAUGGAUUUCUUUCAGAAUCGAAAGAUCCCGUCGUAUAACUUAUUGAGGGAUUUGUGUAUUAUUACCGUCUCUUUAGACGAGAGUGUAUUAGACCGACAGUAUAUUUGGGACGCGUUUUACACUUGGGUUCACCAGAACUGCAGCAAUGGUUGCGUAAAACCGUUGAAUCGGACGAUAUUUCCGGCCGCAGACGCGGAGAAAGCCUUCCGAUACAUGACUACCGGUAAACAUAUCGGGAAAAUAGUUAUACGUAUUCGUGAAGAGGAGGCGAACCGAAAGCCGUGGAAAUUCAUAAAACCGGCCAAUAAUUUGACUGUCAGUACAAAGACUCACUUCAAUCCCAAUAAGACUUAUAUAAUAACCGGAGGUUUGGGUGGCUUUGGGUUAGAGUUGUGUCAAUGGAUGGUAAUGGUUUCGACGGCCAAUUGCUUCACUAUUGAGGGCACAAAACAACUGUUAGAUGAGUGCCAAGGGUUGGGCGCACCCAUCGGUGGUGUCUUUCAUUUGGCCCUCGAGUUAAACAAUUGUCUCUUCAGUGAAGUGUCUUUCGAGACAUUCAUGAAAACCGUUGACAUAAAGGAGAAGAUAUUCAAGAAACCCUCGAGUUAA